GCCUCUAUUGGCGCCACUUUUAAUACAAUCUUGCAACGUCCUUUCCCGCUUAUUUGGUGAAAAUAACAAGGAAAGCAGCUGAGACCCAAAACUUUAUGAAAUAUAGGAGCCCGUUGUAUUCAGUGGCUUCUCACGAAAUGGUUCUCUGUUUCCGGGAUACUCUCACGGAGUUCAAUUCAUGGGCGGGAAAAGGAAACAACGGGUGUGAUAUCUUUCACUUUCACAAUUGCCCCAAACUGGAACUGCUGCUGAGUCGAACAUUUUUCUUCCCCGCUGCCCAAUAUUAGCUGAGGGAUCAUGGCAGACAAUAAGUUGAAAGAAGUGCGCCAUGAGUUUAUAACACGUAGUAACCCAGCUGUCAUCAGCCAACUCUUGGAUGAUCUGCUCCAUCAGGGAAUCUUGUGUGAUGAAGAGCUGGAAGACGUGAAUGUGAAAAAUAAGAGGCAGGACCAAGCAAGAAUGUUGAUCGAUAAUGUGAGGAGAAAGGGGCCUGAAGCUAGCUGCUGCUUUAUUAACUUCCUCCGGGCCCGAGAUCCUUACUUAGCUGAACAACUGGGUCUCCAAAAUGUUCCUGCUGUUGGCCAGCCAAUAGAAGGUAACAUCUCAGAGGAAGAAGUCCAGUUUCUGACAUCUGAAAAUGGGAUCAGGCUUUGUCCUCAGAAUGAUUUUCAGAAAAUACAGACUACUGAAGGCACCGAGAUCUACCCUAUCAAUAAUCCUAAGACUCGUACUCGCCUGGCCUUGAUAAUCUGCAAUAUCAAAUUUGAGUACUUGAAUGAGAGAUUGGGGGCUGAGGUAGACUUGGAACGGAUGACGCUUCUCCUACAAGAUCUGGGAUACAAUGUGGAAACAGAGACCAAUUUAAACUCACAGGGUAUAACCACUUGCUUGAAGAAAUUUGCAGCUCGGGAAGAGCACAAGACCUCAGAUGGAAUGUUUGUGGUGCUGAUGUCUCAUGGGCUUCAGGACAGCCUUUGUGGAGUCCAUUCAGAAGGCGAACAGUCUGACAUCUUCUCCAUCAAAACUGUCUUCUCCACCUUCAACAACAUAAAUUGCCCAGCUUUGAGGGGAAAGCCCAAGGUGGUCAUUAUUCAAGCUUGUCGUGGUGGGCAAAGAGGGUAUGUGAUAGAAAACGCGGAAGACUCCGCUGCAUCUGCUGCUGCCUCUCUCCAGUCUGAUUCACACACCGUGCAAUUCCAAACUGAUGCUGUUCGGAGAGUACAUGUGGAGAGUGACUUCAUCUGCCUAUAUUCCACCACCCCUGGUAAGAGACUGUAAAAAGAAAAUUGCUAA